AGGCUGAGAAGGACCCAAGGAACUGCUCUCUCUGAACUGUGCCGACGGGCAGGAGGAUGGGAGAGGGGAAUUGAGAGUCGCAGAGGAAGGACAGGGGAGUCUGGCGUCUCAUUGGUGACCUUAAAGGAUUCCCAUUUACUGCGAUUAAGGAUCUACUAAGCAUCAUUUUUGCAUGACUACUACAAAAGGAUAUCUUUGCAGAAACCAGUUCCCUUUUGAAGUUCAUAGUUUGGACCCUGUUUUCAGAAAACAGGGCAUUCUUUAAUGAAGUAACGUCAGAGCUGCUAAACACACAGGAACGUAGGAGAUCCUAGUGACCUAGGAUGGCUUCCUCUUGGACAUUAAUUCUGUUUCUGUCAGUCUCUGGGUGUCUUUCAGAAUAUUCUGGAGCUCUUCCUGGUCUCCCUACUUCAUAUGCUGCUUUGUUAAGAAUUAAGAAGAGUUCAUCUUCAUCCCUCUUUGGUUCAAAGACCAGACCACGAUACAGCAGUCCUUUGUUAGGAACACCGAGCUGGCGAGGGGCAGCUCAACAUUAUUAUUCCCCCAACAAUCUUUAUCACUCCUCAGAUGCCUUCAAACAAGAUGAAAGUGUGGACUAUGGGCCAGUAUUUGUACAAGAACCAGACGAUAUAAUUUUCCCAGCUGAUUCUGACGAGAAGAAAGUAGCACUGAACUGUGAAGUUCGUGGCAAUCCAGCUCCCAAUUACAGAUGGCUUCGAAAUGGAACAGAAAUAGAUUUGGAAAGUGAUUAUCGCUACAGUUUGAUAGACGGGACCUUCAUUAUAAGCAAUCCAAGUGAAGCAAAGGAUUCUGGUCAUUAUCAGUGUUUAGCAGUCAACACUUUUGGAAGUAUUCUUAGUAGAGAAGCUAUACUUCAGUUUGCCUAUCUGGGAAAUUUUAGUGGCCGGACAAGAAGUGCAGUCUCUGUGAGGGAAGGCCAGGGGGUUGUUCUGAUGUGCUCUCCUCCGCCUCAUUCACCAGAGAUCAUCUAUAGCUGGGUAUUUAACGAGUUCCCUUCCUUUGUGGCGGAAGACAGUCGGCGGUUCAUUUCCCAGGAGACAGGCAACCUUUAUAUUUCUAAAGUCCAAACAUCAGAUGUUGGCAGCUAUAUUUGUCUGGUGAAAAACACAGUGACAAAUGCUCGAGUACUUAGUCCUCCAACACCACUCACUCUGCGUAACGAUGGUGUGAUGGGAGAAUAUGAGCCGAAAAUUGAGGUCCAUUUUCCUUUCAUGGUUACAGCUGCUAAGGGAACAACUGUUAAGAUGGAGUGCUUUGCACUUGGCAACCCAGUUCCAACAAUCACAUGGAUGAAAGUUAAUGGUUAUGUUCCCAGUAAGGCACGUCUGCGGAAAUCUCAGGCAGUGCUUGAAAUACCCAACGUGCAGCUGGACGACGCAGGCAUAUAUGAGUGCAGAGCUGAAAACUCACGCGGAAAAAAUUCCUUUCGUGGACAAUUACAAGUGUACACUUACCCACACUGGGUAGAAAAACUGAAUGAUACUCAGUUGGACAGCGGGAGCCCUCUCAGAUGGGAAUGUAAGGCUACCGGAAAACCCAGACCCACAUACCGUUGGCUGAAGAAUGGAGUGCCCCUCUUGCCUCAGAGUAGGGUUGAGAUGGUUAAUGGAGUAUUGAUGAUCCACAAUGUGAAUCAAUCAGAUGCUGGAAUGUAUCAGUGUUUGGCUGAAAAUAAAUAUGGAGCCAUUUACGCAAGUGCUGAGCUGAAGAUUCUAGCUUCAGCUCCCACUUUUGCACUGAAUCAUCUAAAGAAAACAAUAAUUGUUACCAAAGGCCAAGAAGUCACCAUGGAGUGCAAGCCCCAAGGCUCUCCAAAACCAACCAUCUCUUGGAAGAAGGGAGACAAAGCAGUUAGAGAGAACAAAAGAAUAGCUAUUCUUCCAGACGGGACUCUACGGAUCUUAAAUGCUUCUAAAUCAGAUGAGGGAAAAUACAUUUGCCAAGGGGAAAAUGUGUUUGGUUCCGCUGAAAUCAUAGCUUCAUUAUCUGUAAAAGAACCUACAAGAAUAGAACUUACUCCUAAAAGAACAGAGUUAACAGUGGGAGAAAGUAUCGUCCUUAAUUGCAAAGCGAUUCACGAUGCUAGUUUGGAUGUCACUUUCUACUGGACGCUAAAAGGACAGCCUAUCGAUUUUGAGAAAGAAGGUGGACAUUUUGAAAGCAUCAGGGCCCAAGCAUCCUCUGCAGAUUUAAUGAUCAGGAACAUCCUUCUGAUGCAUGCUGGGAGAUAUGGCUGCAGGGUACAGACCACAGCAGACAGUGUGUCAGAUGAGGCAGAACUUCUUGUUAGGGGUCCCCCAGGUCCACCAGGGAUAGUGAUCAUUGAGGAGAUCACCGAAAGCACAGCUACACUCUCCUGGAGUCCAGCUGCUGACAAUCACAGCCCAAUCUCCUCCUACAACCUGCAGGCUCGCAGCCCUUUCUCCCUGGGCUGGCAAACAGUGAAAACAGUUCCAGAAAUCAUAACAGGGGACAUGGAGUCAGCCAUGGCAGUGGACCUGAACCCCUGGGUGGAAUAUGAAUUUAGAGUGGUGGCCACCAAUCCAAUUGGGACUGGAGACCCAAGCACCCCAUCUCGAAUGAUCCGCACAAAUGAAGCAGUUCCAAAGACAGCACCCACCAAUGUAAGUGGAAGAAGUGGAAGAAGGCAUGAGUUAGUCAUCGCCUGGGAGCCAGUAUCUGAAGAGUUUCAGAAUGGAGAAGGCUUUGGCUAUAUUGUGGCUUUCAGGCCCAAUGGAACACGUGGCUGGAAGGAAAAAAUGGUGACAUCCUCUGAGGCUUCAAAAUUCAUUUAUCGAGAUGAAAGCGUCCCUCCUCUUACUCCCUUUGAAGUGAAGGUUGGCGUUUACAACAAUAAAGGGGAUGGACCUUUUAGUCAGAUCGUGGUCAUCUGUUCAGCUGAAGGAGAACCCAGUGCUGCUCCCACAGAUGUCAAGGCUACAAGUGUGUCUGUGUCAGAGAUUCUUGUUGCAUGGAAACAUAUUAAAGAGAGUCUAGGAAGACCACAGGGAUUUGAGGUUGGUUAUCGGAAAGACAUGGAACAAGAAGAUGCGGCAGAAACAGUCAAAACUAGGGGGAACGAGUCAUCUGUCAUCCUGACAGGAUUAGAAGGAAAUACGCUAUAUCACUUCACAGUGAGGGCUUAUAAUGGAGCUGGAUAUGGGCCACCUAGCAGUGAAGUGAGCGCAACCACCAAGAAAUCCCCCCCCAGUCAAGCACCCAGCAACCUCAGGUGGGAGCAACAAGGCUCUGAGCUUUCUCUGGGCUGGGAACCUGUCAGACCAUUAGCCAACGAAUCUGAAGUCCUGGGCUACAAGGUUUUUUAUAGGCAAGAAGGUCACAGCAACAGUCAAGUUAUUGAAACGCAGAAACCCCAAGCAGUAGUACCACUCCCCGAUGCUGGAGUCUAUAUUAUUGAAGUUCGAGCAUAUAGUGAAGGAGGGGAUGGAACGGCUAGUUCCCAAAUCAGGGUACCAUCAUAUUCAGGUGGGAAAAUCACUAGUGCUCAGUCAACCCUCCACACCCUCUCCACGUCUUCAUCCUCAGUGACGUUGCUUUUGGCAUUGAUGCUUCCUUCAACCUCUUGGUGAAAACUGCACUUAAUUUUCUUUUCUUUGCUUUAGCUUGAUAACAGCAGUGAAUAGAGUGUCGUGUAAAUGGAGACCCAGGACCCUGAGAUGAGAUUUAAAAACUUGGGAUUACGCAUGGUGCACUUACAGGAGGUUGGGGAGAAUAUUACUUAUCCAUCAGGUUUCUCUUUGGUUUUUGUAAAUGGAGAGGACAGUUCUUGGUCCAAUAAAAAUAUGCAGAUUGUAUGUAAUGAAUUUUUGUAAGCAAAGGUAAUUUCUGUCAAAUGCAUUGUUUACUUUUUUAAUAUGUUGGAAUUUGAUUUUAUAUCUGAUGACCCUGAGUGUGUGCCAUCCAUUUGUUCAAUGAUUUCUAGCUGGUCUGUUUCAAACAUAAAUACAAAAUUGAAAGUGAAAAGUUUGCUUGAGACUCCGAGUCUAAUGUUUUUCAUUUUCCCUUCAGCUGAUUAUUCCAAUUGACAAAUCAGCAGAAGAUAUGAAAAAAUACUUCAGUUGUGUGGUCCAUUAUAGGAUAAAUACACAAAAGUUUUCUCAAAAAAUAUUGUAUGAUUGCAUAGUGAAAUAGCAAAAUUUGUCAAUAUAUUGUUCUCUAUGCCUCCCUAGAGCAAGUUAUUAGGGUAGGGAAUAAGCCAUUUACAUUAGCACGAGGUAAAUAGAAAGUGAGUCCAGAUGAAUUUAAGUGCUAUUGUUUUUCAUCAAGUACUAUGUUAUCUAGCUGAAAAUAUAGUAAAUGUUUAUUUUUAAUAACAAGAGAGUUUAAAGUCACAAAAACUAUAUGAUCACUUCAAACUGCAGACGCUGAGAUGCUGCCAAGGGUGCUAACGUGAAACCGAAAUGAAUAUAGGACACAGCUUUCUCAUAUCUCCACCUACAGCCAAAACAGAUGUUGAAUUAGAUCCAAGGUUUUCUUCUAAUUUCAAAUAAUUUUAAGGACAAUAAAAAUUUGUUGUGCAAAUAAUUAUGCAUACAUAUAAUCUGUGAAUUAAAAGGGUUAAAGCAUAACACAUAAAUUUUGAUUUUUUAAACAGUUCUAUGCAUCACAUACGACUUAUAAAAUAUUACCAACUAAUAAAAUAAACAGGACCUCUUGGAUGAAUUGAUUUUUUUUAAUUAAGCUAUGGAAACAUGGUCUCAGUACAGGAGCUCAGCUAGUCUAACCAGCCAUACGUUAUUUGGGAGGUGAUCCCCAUUUGCUAUUUUAAACAGGCAAUUUGAACCUAAGUGAUCCUAGAUAGCUGUUGGAAAGUGAGCUGAAAGUUUUCUACUUGAUGAUAUCUUCCAGAAGUUCUAACCAAAAUGAGAAUGUGCCAGAGUUCCCAUUACACUCAAGAAGAUGACUAGUGGGAUAGUUAUCGCAAAGUCAUAUGCCAAAAAUGAGCCUGAAGAAACUACAGUUUAACAGAUGAUAUUAAUAUGAGAACCAAAACUAAUUUCUUUUCUUUUAUAAAAUCUAAACCUGUUAGUUCUACUUGUAUCUUUAACAGCAAGCAACAGGAAGCAAUACUGAGCUCAAACUGCUGGCUCUAGGGGUUAAUACUUGUAGAAUUAGAGGAGAGACUGGAGUUUCUGUUCUGAACAUACUAAAAGAUUGGUUUCAGAGCCACAUACAACUAUGUAUGUUGGUUACUCAUUCUCUUUGGGGGGAAUUAUGUCCAAGAUACCCCUAAACAAACAAAAAGUGAUUUAAAGUCUAUUUUAGUUAGCAGGCUAUUAUAGUAAAUUACUACAGGUGGUAAAUAUCGGAGCCUGUGAAUAAUAACCACUAAGUGGCCUUCCUUGAGCACCUCCGUUGGUGGGAGAAGCUGGACUUUGCAGAUAGAAGGAUGCUAACUCUCUAGCAGGCAAAAUAUGAGCUCUCCUGAGUACAGUGUAACUUUCAGGAGAAGAUUGUGCAUCUGAAAAAAAAAUGCAGCAAGAAUAUUAAAGAAGGGGCAAUAAUUUUUACUUUAUAUUUGAUGAAUCAAUCCAUUUUCUUCAUUUUCCCAUGGUUUUUUAUCCUAGACUUGAUGAAGGACUUUAAGAAUCAAGUUGCUACUUACACUUAUGAAACAAAACCCAUAAAAUAUAACGUCAAUAUACGGCAAACUCAAACUAACCAAUAUUUCUAACUAUCUGAUGGAUGGUACAUAUCUGACAGAAUAUUUACAUAUAGAAUAUGUGAAUAGUCUGAUGUCGUAUUUUACAGGAAUCAGAAAUAUGAGAUGUUUUUACUCAAUGCAUAGAAUGUGUAUUUUGCAUCAUAAACCUAUUUAAAAAAACAGGUUUUAAAUGUUUCUGUACUUAUGUAUUACAAACUUGUUACUUUGUAGAAAGCAGAACAACAUUCCUUGUGAAGGUACAUUAUUUUUCAGCUGCAGUACUGGGUGAGCUUUUUCUUGGAUGGGAUGGUAACCACACAGUCUUACAUCACUAAAGAGACUGUAUUUUUGUAUAAUGUCAAUUGAACUAUGAAGAAAAAAAUACUCCUCAUAAUUAAAAAUUUCAUGAAAUCGAAUGUUUUGCAUACCCAAAUGAAGGUACUGUGGACCCUAUGUCAAACCAUUAAAUAUAUUGUAUAUAAUCUGUAUAUACUAUAUAUAAUGGUAUAUACCAUGUGGAAGGCACAGUCAGAUAAUAGUUCUGUGUACUGUU